GAUCUCUGGUGAUGACGGGGUGAUGACGCGGCGGCAGGAUGGGGCGGAGCAGAGUGAUCUGAGCGCCGGGAGAUUCGAUCCCUGACCCGCGGUUUCUCGAUAACGCUCCUGGAAGUAAACCCUGAUACAAACUCACAGAAAAACGGACCUUUUUAAGUUGUGUGUUAGCAGUGGAGCCAUGAUGUUACUGUGUGCCGUUAUCAAGAGGGCGAUCUGCGGCUGUUAAACCCUCACUUUCCACAGAUGGAGGCCAUGGAGGUGGGCUCCUCGCUCAUCAUCCUGGACUCCGGCAGCAGCACGGAGGUGGACGAAGACGAUGACGAUGAAGGUGAUCAGAGAGAACAGGCGACGGCUCGAUCUCCUCCCAGACUUCCUGCCACCUGGGCCUUCAGCCAGAGGGCAGUGGGAUCAGCUGCUCAAGGGGGUCCCAUGCGCAGGAGACUCAGGCAGGGUCUCAGGGUGCAUUACCCCAGCCAGACUGCAGCGCCUUCUAGAGGAUUCCCAGACUUCCUGCUGCGAGCUCCAUUUGCCUCGGCGGCUGAGCCGGGCUCCGGCAGCACCACGGAGAUCAGCGAGUCUGAUGAGGAGGAGGAGGAGGAGGAAGAGCGGGGGGGUCAGGGAGCUGCUCUGGAGCCCGUCGACCCCCCGGUGUUGCCUGCUAGCCCUCGUCUUAACGCCCAGCACACACAACCCCAGGAAGCCGCUCCAAGCAAUUCAAGUUCAGCUGCAGACGCUGAGAGCACGCAUCAAAUUACGCAUCAAAGCACACAGCCGCUCCUCGCUCCCCCGGCUCCCGCCCCCUUGUCUUCUCCGGGAGAAGAAGGCGAAGGCGACGUCUGCUCCAUCUGCUUCGAGCCGUGGACGACAGCAGGCGAGCACCGAAUCUCCGCCCUGCGCUGCGGACACCUGUUCGGGUUCACCUGCAUCACACGCUGGCUCAAAGCUCAGGGGUCCGCCGCCAAAUGUCCACAGUGCAACAAGAAGGCGAAGCGGUCAGACAUCGUUCUGCUGUACGCGCCCAGACUGAGAGCGCUGGACAACUCUGAGCAGGAGAUCUUAAAGAAGUCUCUGGAGCAGGAGCAGUCUCUGAGGAGGAAGGCUGAACUGGAGUCAGCGCAGUACAAACUGAAGCUGCAGGUCGUCACCAACAAAUAUGGACAAGCACAACAAGAGCUGCAGGAACUCAGGGCUAUGAUGGCUGGUCGAGUCCCAGUUUACUCUUCCUCCUCCUCUUCCUCCUCCUCGCUCCUCCUCGGCCUCUCUCAGAGCUCCAGGUCGGCGCAGUAUAUUUUCUCCAAAGCGAUUCUGGUGUCUAUUGCCGGAGGAUCCAGAGUUCUGUCGUACUGCGAGCCUCUGAGCUGCCUGCUGGCCUCGCAGCCCUCCCCCCACUCCACUCUGGUGCCAGGCUGUGGGGUGAAGAAGGUGAGCGUGGUGAACAUGAAGGCCAGUCAGUACGUUCCCAUCCACAGCAAACAGAUCCGAGGUCUGUCCUUCAACAGACAGAACGACAGCUUGCUGCUUUCUGCGGCUCUGGACAACACCAUCAAACUGACCAGUCUGCUGACCAACACGGUGGUUCAGACCUAUAAUGCCGGUAAGCCCGUGUGGAGCUGCUGCUGGUGUUUGGACAACAGUAACUACGUUUACGCCGGGCUGAGCAACGGCUCUGUGCUAGUCUACGACACCAGAGACACCAGCACACACGUGCAGGAGCUGCAGCCUCUACGCUCCAGGUGUCCGGUGGCGUCUCUGUGCUACGUCCCGCGGGCGGCCUCCAGCUCGUUCCCGUGCGGCGGUUUGAUCGCCGGCUCUCUGGAGGGCGGGUGUUUUUGGGAGCAGGUGAACGAGACGACCUACAGACCUCACCUGUUGCCCCUGGAGACGGCCGGCUGCACCGACAUCCAGGUGGAGACGGAGAGCCGCCACUGCCUCGUCACCUACAGGCCAGGCCGCUCCAACCCCUCUCUGCGCUGCGUGCUCAUGUCUCUGACGCGCACCCCCCAGCAGGACUCCUCCGCGCUGCCGCAGGUCUCCGUCGCUCCGCUGCAGAGCUUCAGCGCCGGCCCCUCCGGCAAACUCCUCACCAAGAACGCUGUGUUCAGGAGCCCCGGAGGAGCGGGGGGGCUGGUCUGCGCCGGGGACGAGGCCUCCAACUCCACCAUGGUGUGGGAUGCCAGCAGUGGGUCUUUGCUUCAGAAGCUUCCGGCAGAUCUCCCGGUUUUGGACAUUUCUCCGUUUUCUGUGAACGGCGAGCACUUCCUGGCGUCGCUCACCGAGAAGAUGCUGAAGCUCUACAGGUGGGAGUGAAGAGGAGGGACACACACACAGGACGCUGUGUGUGUGUGUGUGUGUAUGUGUGUGUGUGUGGAGAAAUCCAAUACUGCUUAAACUUUUAUCUGCAAAGGCGAGCAGAACAAUCUGAGGAGCGAUCGACCCGAGGGAAACUUUUUUUUUUUUUUAGCUUUUUCCACUUCCACAUUUGUAACAGGUGUGAUGAUGGAUGCAGUCAGGUGUGAUGGAUGCAGUCAGGUGUGAUGGAUGCAGUCAGGUGUGAUGGUGGAUGCAGUCAGGUGUGAUGGUGGAUGCAGAGAGAGAGAUUUUUAACCUAAUUGGCCACCGUAGUUAUCAGUGUCCAAUCAGAAACUGAGUCUAAUGAAGAGUAAAAACACCUGCCAUAUCUUUAAAACAAUUAUUUUUGAAUAACCAAGAGAAAGCGUAAUCCAUUGCUGGUUUCUUCUCAUAUUGGGAAUGUGACUUCAGAAAGACGUGUUCACUGUGAUGGACGCCACGAACCAUUAAGAAGCUGGAGAGACGGAGCAUCAUCAAUAUGUUGCUGUGAUUUAAAGGACACAUGAUUUGUAGUAUACGAGGUAAACAUGUCAAACCCACUGGUAUAAUCCUCCUGGUUUCACAGGUUUAAGGCAUCACCACUGGUUUACCCUCAGCUGUACGUCUCCAUGACUACUGAUCAUUUCCAAAUCAUCGCUCUGUUGUGAAUAAUCUAAAACAUUUGCCCUAAAUCUAUUUUUCCUGGAUUUAAUGCCACAUGUAUAACUGAGGUUUGUGAUUUCCGAUGGUCCCUGAACCCACCAGUUAAGAAAAUGAUCUGUUUGAAUGACAAACAUCAACGUGACGUCACUUAGAGAUGAAUAAGAUUAUAUCUUUUUAGAUUUAGUGCGUCAAAAGUUACUACAUUUUUUUUUUAAAUGGUGUGACAUGUUUGCAUGUCUUACUUUAAAUUGUGAGCGAUUAUUAAAAGAUUUUUUUUCUUUCUUUCCUGUUGAUCGACUAAUAAUUGCAGCUUUAAAUGGUGGUGUGAUUUGGAACAUGGUCAGUAGGGACAGCAGAUGUUAAUGAUUUGUAUUUUGACUGUCAGGACGCUGAAGGAAGAUUUCCCCAAAUACUCUCCAUGUGUUUUUUGCCACUUUCCUGCGUUUCCACGUUAUUAAACUCCUCUGAACGUCAAGUGCCAAAAGGACUCGAAGGUCGUGUACAUUUCUCCUCGUUUUGUUACUGAAGGAAGUUGUAUAUAUGUAUAUUUGAUACAAACUGUUUGUGUACGACUUCAAAGUUAAUAAAAUGUAUGUUAUUUUUAACUAAA